AUGGCAUAUAUACAAUAUAUGGAUUAUACUGGAUUCAGUCGUGCUAUGGAUAUACUACGUGGUCAAAAACUUGUCUAUGCUCCUACUUAUCGAAAUCAAUCCACUUCAUCUGAUCAGAAUGAAAAAUUGUAUUAUGCAGCUGAAAUUAAGAUUGAUUUUGAUCGUACAAAACAUUUAUCACCAGAUUCGAUUCAAGCAAGACAAAUGAAACGAAAACAAUUGUUAAUCACUGCCGAGCGUAAACGAGCUGAAGCGAAAAGUUUAGCUGAAGCAGAACGAGAACGUUUACGUCUUUUAGAAGAUUCAGAAAGAAAAUCUGCAGAAAGACGUAAAGCAGAAGCAUUAGCUGUUGAAGCUGAACGUGCAGCGAAACGUGCUGCACGAGAAGAAACCAAACGACAAGUGGCAAUAGAUCGUUGUAAAAGAAUUAAAGAAGAAUUAUUGAAAAAGAAAAUAUCCCUUGAAGAGUAUCGUCGGAUAGUGGCACUUCGGAAAGUGGAAGGUAUACGACUAAUGACUUUCCUGUUAGCUAAAAUACAAGCUCGUCAUGAUUUGAUAGUAGCUACAAGACGUCUGGCUCGUCUGUCAAAAGUAGAAAAAGCUGCAGUAGAAGCAGAAGCCAGUGUAAAUAUUGCCUUAUCAAAUGCAUCUCAAACAUUUGCCUCUAAUCCUGUUAUACCUAUUAAGAAGGAUAUACAACUGGACAAUGAUAAAUGUGAAAAAGAAGACUCAGAUGAAAAAUGUUCUCAAUCUGGUCUACCAUCAACAUACUCUUCUCCUGAACUAUCUAAUGAACAAGAUUCUCGACUUCAGCAAUUAUUAGCUAAACGUGAAGAAUUUUUAAGAGAUAAUUUACUACGCAAACGUGCUGAAGUAUUGAGAUCCCAAAUUUACAAUCGUUCAAUACUCCACAAUUCAAAUCAUCAUUGA